CAAACGUUGUGAUUUUUGAAAUGCACCUAGGCACCUAUUUAAAAGUCAAAAGUUCAAAAGACUACGACAAUUAUUUGCAUUCAAGARAAUAUGUCCAAGAAUGCACUCGACAUUUUAAAACGCCAGAACAAUAUUACAAAGUKUAUUAUUCGAAGUUUGGAAACACAGAUAAAAGAUAAAAAUUAAAAACCAUUCCUACAAUAGCCUUAAUUGUAUUGUUUUUUAAUUGUCUGCAAGUUGCAGACUGCAACUAUAUUAAAAUUGCGGUCCGUGGACGAAAUGAAUCAUAAUUCAUAUAAUUUACCUAUGAAACAAUCAUAGAAAUUAGAAAUACAGAAUAAAUCCGGUGACGAAACUCGUUUCAUAAAUAAUAAUUCGGGAUGAUGUCAUCGAACGUUAUCAGGAUGAAUUAAUUUUUGUGUUAUUUUCACUGUGAUACUGUACGCUAUAAUCUUUUAUUGUCUAUUACAAUAUUAUAAUACUCUUUAAAUACGACAGUGAACAGAACAAYAGACUCCUUUCAAAAAUAUUAUUCUUUAAUCUUUUAUAGUUAUUAGUUUUYAUCGUUCUAUAAGAGUCAAAUAUUUCUUUUUAUUGUGCUUAACUCAAUACUGUUAUAAAUAAUUUGUUCUUUUGGCCUUGAAAUGGCAGGAAUGGAAAAUCAUUUAUUUAACUUGAAAUUUGCGGUCAAAGAAUUAGAAAGAAACUCCAAGAAAUGUGAAAAAGAAGAAAAGGCCGAAAAAUUAAAAACAAAGAAAGCUAUACAAAAGGGGAAUAUGGAGGUUGCUCGCAUACAUGCUGAAAAUKCUAUAAGACAAAAAAGUCAAUCAUUGAAUUAUUUACGUAUGAGUGCUAGAGUAGAUGCAGUUGCUUCAAGAGUUCAAGGAGCUCUUACCACUAGAAAGGUAACUCAAAGUAUGGGAGGUGUUGUUAAAGCAAUGGAUGCAGCAAUGAAAUCAAUGAAUCUUGAAAAAAUUUCUUCAUUGAUGGACAAAUUUGAAAACCAAUUUGAAGAUUUAGAUGUACAAAGUUCUUACAUGGAUAAUACCAUGUCUCAAAGUACUACUACUGCUGUACCUCAAGGGGAUGUUGAAAAUUUGUUGCAACAAGUUGCCGACGAAGCUGGAUUGGAACUAAAAUUAGAACUUCCUACUAAUCCUCAAAGUAUCAGUUCUUUAUCUUCUACUACAACAGAACAAGAUGAGCUUACUCAACGCUUAGCUCGUCUCAGACAAGCUGAAUAAAAGAACAGACUCCAAGCCAAUAACUAUAAUUUUAACUUAAAUUUUUAGGUCAAACCGUUAUAGAACUUAUCAAAAGUUCUCAUAUUAUUUUUAUCUAUUAAAAAAAUUAAGUUUUCAUAAUAUAUUGUUUGAGAAUAACCAUCAUCCUAAAUAUGCAAGAUAAAAGUCUUUUUAUUGUUUCUUUUGGAUAAAUAUUGUCAUCUUAUUAUUAUAGUAUUAUAAUUUUUA